AUGUCGGCAUCCGAGAACAACUCAGGCAGUCCUCCUCUGGCCCAGGAGGCUUUGGACUCCCUGCAUGUCCCAACUUCUCCUCAGGCUCGGGCAAAGCGACAAAUAGCUACCCUGAUGGAGGAGGUCGAACUUUUGAAGCAAGACAAGGUGACUAAGCAGAGGAAAGCCACCUAUUAUGUUUCGCAGGGUCGAGCCAUCCAUUCUAUCAGCCCUGAGUCCACUAUGGAGCAAGACCGCAUUCAACGGGGUUACAUUGAACUUGCUAAGGCAUUACCGUGGAUUCACGACAAGUUAGCAAGUCUUGAUCACGAGGAGUCCGAAGACAUGCUUAAAAAGAUCAGGCGGGGUGCAGACUCCGCUCGUGGCGAUGAUACAGGCACUCUCAAAGAACUCGUGGCCUUGUGGUUGAACAUUGAGUUCUGUCCGACUCCGUUCAUCUCAGCUGGUGACAAGCAUCGUCGAGGUUUUUCCAGUGUCAGGGCUGGUAUUCAGGAUCGUACGACUGCUUUUAUCGUCUCCAAAAACUCCUGGCCUCUGUUCAUGUAUCAAAACAGUGUAGCCGACCCCGCUAAUCUAGAGUGCGGUCUCAUGAGGUCGAAGUUAUUAGUGAUGGGCUUCAAGGCUAUAUUUACCUCCCCCUCUUCUGCCAAUGAGGUAGACGGCGACGGUGAAGGUGCCGAUAUCAUAGAGAACAAUCGACACGCCCGGAGACAGUCAGAUCAAACCAAAGUAAAGACAUGUGUUGCCUCUAUCAUAGGCAUGAGGAAGGUGACUCCUCGCGCAAUCGCGUAUGCAGCUUGCCAAAUCCGAUUUGCUCUUUCCAGCAUCACCUCGUGGCGCACCAUAGAUGGAGAUUUCGACUACCAGAUGUUUUGGAACAAUAUUGUAGAUUUCUUCGAAGAUCCCCCAGGUCCAGCUGCGCGAGGUAGGGUCAAUGAUACUCUCAAAUGGUGGACUAGAAAAGUUUUUGGCACAAACCACCGGCAGGACUUAACAUCGGAAGUUGUUUCCCGAAUGUCUGUCAGUGCGCUUGCUAGCCAAAGACUGGCUAUGGAGGACGCUGUGUUUGACUCCGACUCUUGA